AUGUCCGAUCAGCGGACUUGGCAAGGCGAUAACAAUGCGAUCAAUUUUAAUAUUGCUAUCCUCUUAACAGUUACUUUCAUCAGUGUCGGCCUGCUCGUAACAAGUGAAUUGGCCUUUUUUCUACAUUGCGCACAUUUGUUGGUUUGGCUUGUUCCACAGGGCAUUAUUAUUGUCGCUAUCAAACUGGAUCCGUCCGCAUUGACUGCAGAAGAUGAUGAUGUGGACUGUGAUAAUGAUGAUGUUGAUCGUAAUGGAAGUGACAUUGUGUCACAAAUUUGUCCAAUGAAACAUGCUAAAGUUUGGCCUCCUGGAAUAUCGGCCCCAUCAGGAAGAAUCAUGCCACAUUUCGAUACCUUGUCGAAUCUACAACUUUAUUCUAAUCCGUAA